GCGAUAUCUAGGCGGGUAUAAAAACUUGAACGUCGGUACAGGCUCUUUCUACAACUGCUUCCUUCUGCGGAAAGGUCUGUGCUGGUGAAAGGUUACGGUAUUACACUAAGCUCAAGAUGUCGGCUGGAAAUGCUCGUAUCGGGAAGCCUGCCCCUGACUUCCAGGCAACAGCAGUGAUGCCUGACGGCCAGUUCAAGGAGAUCAAGCUCUCCGAUUACAGAGGGAAGUACGUCGUGUUCUUCUUCUACCCACUGGACUUCACCUUCGUGUGCCCCACCGAGAUCAUCGCCUUCAGCGACAGCGCCGAGGAGUUCAAGAAGAUCAACUGCGAGGUCAUUGGUGCCUCGGUGGAUUCUCACUUCUGUCACCUGGCCUGGAUCAACACACCUCGAAAACAGGGAGGCCUGGGCCACAUGAAAAUUCCCUUGGUGGCUGACACGCUGCGCUCAAUCUCCAAAGAUUAUGGGGUGCUGAAGGAGGACGAGGGCAUUGCUUUCAGAGGUUUAUUCAUCAUUGAUGACAAGGGGAUCCUGAGGCAAAUCACCAUCAAUGACCUCCCUGUAGGCCGAUCAGUAGACGAGACCCUGCGCUUAGUGCAGGCCUUUCAGUUCACAGACAAGCAUGGAGAAGUGUGCCCCGCGGGCUGGAAACCAGGAAGUGACACCAUCAAGCCCGAUGUCCAGAAGAGCAAAGACUUCUUCGCCAAGCAAAAAUAAACUGACUCGUCUGUGCACUGUUUUCUAGGCCUUACCACUGCUACACUGUGUAGGGGAUCAAAGUUGUGAAUUUCCAAAAAAUGGUGUAAUGAUGUUCUAGUGACAUGUACAUGUUAUAUUUUAUUACUGUUAAAAUUGUUACAAAAUGUAACUUGAAGAGUCCUUGUCAUCAUAAAAGCCCACGUGACUCUUGAUGUUUGUGAAAGAUUCCUUGAGUAACUGAAUAAGCCUUUUAGUACCUCCUGCUUCUGCGGUCUUGUGAAGAUGCUAGCUUAGUGCUGCCGAGCUCUAGAUUUUGCAAGACGGUUGUAGUAUGAAACCUGGUAUUGGAGAUGUAGGGUCACGGAGCCUGAAUGUAGUCCUUCAUAAAAGCUAGAGCCAUCCUUUAAGGUCACCAGCUACUCUACUGUAAGGAGAAGUGGAUAUUUGUAUUAAAGAAGAACUGUAAAUGUAGAACAGAAAUGUAUUUUUGCUUCAUAAAGUACUUGUUUUUGUUUUCCCUCUAUCUGCUAAAUGAAGAGAGGGGCCUGUGGUCCCUGUAGAUCCCA